AUGCCCGGCAAGGUUAACUUGGUAGCGGAUCAUCUCUCUCGACUUACUCAUCAAAGUGAAGAUAAUGGGGUGCCUUUGAAUGAAUCAUUUCUGGAUGAGAAGUUGUUUUCCAUUGUUGAGAAGAAGCUACCAUGGUUUGCACAUUUGGUUAACUUCUUGGCAAGUGGGGGAAAAUACUUUCCCAAGACCUUUAAUUUCCAUGCAAGGAGGAGACUCAUUAAAGAAGCAAGACACUACUUUUGGGAUGAUCCAUACUUAUUCAAGCAAUGCAAGGAUCAAUUGGUGAGGAGGUGCAUUCCAGAGGAAGAGAUACAAAACAAUAUUUCCUCAAAAGACCAAAUGCCUUUGAACUAUAUGCUUGAAGUGGAGAUAUUUGAUGCCGUGGACACCAAGGCAAAUGACCACAAGAUCGUGCUCAAGUUCCUUAAAGAACACAACUUCACAGGAUUUGGCACACCUAGAGCAAUAAUUAGUGAUGGAGGCUCCCAUUUUAUGAACAAGUCAUUUGCGCCCUUAUUGAAGAAGUAUUGGGUUAAGCACAAAGUCUUGACACCAUACCACCCCCAAACAAAUAGCCAAGUUGAAAUAUCUAACCGAGAGAUAAAGAGCAUCCUUGAAAAGGUGGUGUCUACAACUUAUAAAGAUUGGGCAAUGAAGCUUGAUGACACUCUAUGGGCUUACCGAACUGCAUUCAAAACACAAAAGUGUGGUGAGGAGCGAAAGUUAGAGCUUUGUGAGCUAGAGGAGCUUCAGAUGGAUGCCUAUGAAAAUGCAAAGAUUUAUAAAGAGAAAACUAAAGCAUUCCAUGAUCAAAGGAUCAAGACCAAACACUCGGAGGUUGGGAAACUUGUACUUCUUUUAAACUCCAAAUUAAAGUUGUUUCCCGGCAAGCUAAGAUCAAGGUGGAUUGGGCCAUUUGAGCUUGUUCAAGUAUUUAGUCAUGGAGUGGUCACAUUGAAGAACUUAAGAGAUGGAUCUACCUUUAAAGUUAAUAGUCAUCGAGUAAAGCCUUACCUAGAGGGUGCACCAAAAGAUACUUAUGCGGAGGUGAAGUACUUCGAGGACCCUCUCACUUAG